AUUUAUAUCUACGAUACCAACAUAAAUAAAUGGGAUUUAAAGUUUGCUAGUGGAUCGAAAAAUAUCGAUGCACGUCGAUUCCAUACCGCAUCACUAACUGAUGAUGGACGCAUAAUUGUAUUUGGAGGAGAAAAUGUCGUUCGUGGAAGUGCUCAACCAAGUUUAGUUGUAUUAGAUACAAAGGACGCAAGGUCGUUUACUUGGGUUUUACCAUUUAUAUCAGAGGAACCUAAUGCUUCUCCAUUACCUCUAAUGCUUCAUUCGGCUUCUAUUGUAAAUGACUAUAUGGUUGUCUCUUUUGGUAAUAUAACGGAUGGAAGAAAACAACUUAAUGAUAAAAUUUACCUAUUUGAUGUAAAGAAUUAUCAAUGGGUUAGCGAAUUCAUAAUUGAUAGCCCCUUCAAGCCAAUUUCUCAUUCCAAACCUAAAAAGACCUUAGGAAAGUCACCGUCAGAUAAGGGAGCAUCUGGUGAUUCUGAAACAGAUGAACCUAAAUAUCUUGGAACGAUUAUUGCCACAAGCAUUGGCAGCCUUGCAUUUG